AUGUUUUCGACUGGGAGGUCCCUCCCGCACUUCAAAAAGAAGUCUAGCACCCCAGCUCCUGCCACCAAACAUUUAUCCUUGAGUGUUAUGGCCCCAUGGGUCUCUCUACCGGGUGAUGAUGUGCCUUUGCCUCUAUUGCUCCUCGACGCUUGGGUGGCCCAGUGCCAAAUCAGUUUGAAAGGCGCUUGGUUUUUCCCUCAGGCACAAGAUUUGAUGGUCUGCGAAAUCAUUGUGCCAUUGGAUCGUCGGUGGCAGGACCAACUACUUGGAGUGUUUCGGUGUCGAUUUCCGGAGGGAAAUCUUGGUGAUAAGGCAGGUUGGACAGUCUCUGUCUGUGAGCAUGGAAGCCAGAGCGCUCUAGAGCUAGCAGGCUACAUCGAUCUAUUUCGUGUUUAUACUAAAUUCACGAUUCAAGAGGGCCGCAUUAAGUAUGUGGACACGACUGUCAUAUCCGUACAUACCCGACCCCGACCCCGACCCGACUUCCGGACCUCCACCCUCUUCACCUCCGGAGUCAUAACCUACCGCUGCCGUUCCGAUACUCACCCUCGGUCCUGGCAACACACCUCCUCCUUACAUCUCCGACCCUAUCUCCGUCCGCUCCGAUACUCACCUUCAGACCUGACUACUCUUCUUUCCGCCACUCCUUCUCCCUUACCUUUCCCCUCUCUCCUCCCUCUGCUACUCCUCCGCCACCCUUCCGCCAAGUUACGACCUUCCACCGUUGUUCCGUACUUCGCACUCGGACACCGCUCGUACCUUACUCCGAGCCUCCGUCAUAGUCCCUACCUCGGACUUUGA